AUGUUCAUUCGGCUCCCAGUAGGAACACUAUGUCGUGCCUCGCUAAGAGCUGCGCCUCUUCCGCGGGUAGCAAGUCAAGCCCCUCAAUGGACACGGAACUAUUCUGUCACGUCUAACGACAAAAAAACGGCCAUUGUCACAGGUUCUGCGCGUGGCAUCGGUAAAGCUAUUGCUCUAAGAUUAGCAAAUGACGGAUACGAUGUCUGCAUCAAUGACAUUGCAGCCAACAAGUCCGAGGCAGAACAGGUCGCCAAAGAGAUUCGGGAUAUAGGCCGCAAGUCUGUAGUACACACUGCAGAUGUAUCAAACUUGAGCGAGGUUCAGUCCUUAGUACAAGCAUCAGUUUCCGAGUUGGGACCGCUCAACACAAUGGUAGCAAAUGCUGGAAUCGCCCAGGUCAAAGGCCUGCUUGACCUGACAGAACAGGACUUCAAGCGCAUGUUUGAAGUAAAUGUCUACGGCGUAUACAACUGCUACUCAACCGCCGCCAAGCAGAUGAUCUCGCAGGGAACCGGAGGCAAGAUCCUCGGCGCAGCCUCCAUUGUAGCAUUCAGACCCUUUCCACUACUCUCCCAUUACAGCGCUUCCAAAUACGCUGUCCGUGGACUCACUCAGGCUUUCGCCAUGGAGAUGGCACAGCACAAAAUUACUGUCAAUGCGUAUGCACCUGGUAUUGUCGGCACGGCCAUGUGGGAACUGAUUGACGAGAAAUUGGGCGAACUGACUGGGGCAAAGAAGGGCGAGACGAUCAAAAAGUACACACAAGACUUGAUCGCGCUGGGCAGGACAAGUGUGCCGGAGGAUGUUAGUAGUACGGUGAGUUUUUUGUGUAGCAAGGACAGUGAUUACAUGACAGGCCAGACGAUUGUUAUCGAUGGAGGUAUUAUUUUUACGUAG